UGUUGAGGUCCACUGUCGUAUAAAUACUCCCCGAAAGACCGAAUCAACGCAAGAACAUAAACAUAAAUGGGUCUUGCUGCCUUCUUUUUUAUCUUGCUGUCCCUCUGGGUUCAGGAUGCAGCUGCCACUAUUGGUUUCACAAGAGGUGAUUUUGCACAAGACUUCGUCUUUGGAGCUGGAACCUCAGCAUACCAGUACGAGGGUGCUGUUGCUGAGGAUGGCAGGAGUCCAAGCUUUUGGGACACUUUCACUCAUGCAGGUAAAAUGCCAGACAAAAGCACAGGAGAUAUUGCUGCAGAUGGGUACCAUAAAUACAAGGAGGAUCUCAAGCUCGUAUCUGAGACAGGCCUAGAGGCCUAUAGGUUCUCAAUCUCCUGGUCAAGGCUCAUCCCAAAUGGACGUGGCGCUGUCAAUCCCAAAGGUCUAGAGUACUACAAUAACAUCAUAGAUGAACUAGUGAAACAUGGCAUUCAAAUACACAUCACACUUCACCAUGUAGAUCUCCCUCAAAUUCUUGAAGACGAGUAUGGUGGAUGGUUAAGCCCCAGAAUUAUCGAAGAUUUCACAGCAUAUGCAGAUAUUUGCUUCAGGGAGUUCGGAGAUAGGGUCACGUACUGGACUACGGUUAAUGAACUGAACGGUUGUGCAAUUGCCUCUUAUGGCAGCGGUCAAUUUCCACCUGGAAGAUGCUCAGAUCCAUUUGGAAUAACACAGUGCGCAGGGGGGAACUCCAGCACUGAACCAUACAUAGCAGUUCAUACUACCCUAUUGGCGCAUGCAUCAGUUGUCAAACUGUACAGAGAAAAAUAUAAAGCUGAGCAAAAAGGAGCUGUGGGCAUAAAUAUCUACUCCUUCUGGAGUUAUCCGUUCAAAAAUUCUAGUGUGGAUUUAGAAGCAACUCAAAGAGCUAAGGAUUUCAUGUUUGGCUGGAUACUGGAGCCUUUGGUGUCCGGGGACUACCCAGAAGUAAUGAAGAAGAUUGUUGGCUCUCGCCUUCCAUCCUUCACAAAAGUUCAGUCUGGACUUAUCAAGGAUUCUUUUGAUUUUUUUGGAAUAAAUCACUACUAUUCUCUCUAUGUGAGUGACCGUCCUAUAGAAACAGGUGUUCGAGACUUCUAUGGAGACAUGUCCAUUAGUUACAGAGCUUCUAGGACCGGUCCGCCAGCAGGUCAGGGUGCCCCAACAAAUGUUCCCAGCGAUCCCAAAGGGUUGCAACUUGUACUGGAGUACCUGAAAGAAGCAUAUGGGAACCCUCCCCUCUAUGUCCACGAGAAUGGUGUGGGAUCUCCCAACGACAGUCUCAAUGACAACGACAGGGUCGAGUACUUGAGCAGUUACAUGAGAAGCACACUAGACGCAAUAAGGAAUGGGGUUAACGUGAGAGGCUACUUCGUCUGGGCAUUCAAGGACCUAUUCGAACUCCUGGCAGGAUAUCAGUCCAAAUAUGGUCUGUACCGCGUCGAUUUCGACGACGUGAGACGGCCGCGGCAAGCCAGGCUCUCGGCUCGCUGGUACUCGGGCUUCCUGAACAAGAAUGGGUCCUCUCUUCUACUUUUAACAACACAGGAGGGCCUGAUGCCGAAGUGAACACCGCGUCCUAAGUUUGGUUCACGUGCUCAAGAGAUGGCAGUGCACGUAUGCACGCGCUAGUCUAGAGUUUGACAGAAGGCCACUGUAUUGAGCGGCAGAUUCUGAAUCUUUCUUUUCUGAAAAGACUGGUGGUACGAAAGAACUCGAGUAUAAAAACACACACAUAUUUAUUUACAAAAUAAACGGCUCGUAUUUAUUUCA